AUGGCAAAGAUGAUGCAUUUACUGAACUUGUUUGUGCUCUUUUUAAUAUCCACUGUGUCAGCUGCAGAUGAAAUCGAUGAAUCAUGUUUCGAAAUGUUCGACCCAGAGGACCUAGAAAACGAAUGCUGUGAAACUGAUUUUGAAAUUAAUGAUGAAAGUGAAGAGGAAGAAGACUUUUCUGACUGUCUGAAUGAUUUCAGCACAGACGAGGCAAAGUGUGAAACAAUUAAAUGUUAUUACAAGCACGAUGGUGUCUGGAAAGACGACGGUAUUGACGACGACGCGGUCAAAACAAAAUUACAAAAGAGUGACUCCAAGAACCCACCAGCUCAGAAGGCGGCGGAGAGGAUCAUGAAAUACUGCCUGAAUGGAAAAUAUAUGAAGUACGGAACAGAUGAUGACUGUCCAUCCGUGAAGUACUUCCUCUGCAGCUAUAUAAAUACCGUCGUGGAAUGUGAUUCGUGGAACAAAAACGAGACCUGCGCAAAGCAUUCGGAAAACGCUUCCAAAUGCAAGGCGUCCCUCGGAUAA